AUGGACAUCAGUACAAUCACGGGCUCUGACAAUGACAUAGUCAAGAAGGUACCAGUGUUUGGAACAUGGAUGUUUCCAAGUGGUCUUAUAUUUGUCCCACUGUCUAAAGAUGGUAUUUGUGAUAAGCAAAUCAUGCACCACACAUUUGCUGAGGAGAAGAAUGCUAUCAGUAUUAACAUUCUUCUUCUUAAGCUUAGUAACAACCAGUAUGCCACGGUCAUCAAUGUGUAUGUUCCCACACUUGACACUGAUGAAGACAAAAAGGAGGAGUUCUACUCUGCUCUUGAUGCAGUACUCACCACCACAGCCAAGCCUAUGCCUCAACCCUCCUUUGCUCUGACUCUGAGGCCAGUCCUGAACAUCCUUUUGGCCAUUUCUCCUAUCCCUGUAUUUGGGCUUUCCAAACGAAUCCUGGUUCUGUGCAUGGGGAACCAUGAGCUCUAUAUGUGCAGAUGUAAACCAGACAUCAUUGAGGUGCAGCAGAUGAAGGCACAGGCUCGGGAAGAGAAGCAUCAGAAACAGAUGGAGAGAGCUCAGCUGGAGAAUGAGAAGAAAAAGAGGGAACUGGCAGAAAAGGAGAAAGAAAAGAUUGAGUGUGAGAAGGAAGAGCUGAUGGAACGACUGAGACAAACUGAGGAGCAAACCAAGAAAACUCAACUAGAAUUAGAAGAACGGACCCGCAGGGCAUUGGAGCUAGAGCAGGAAAGGAAACGAGCCCAGGAAGAAGCAGAGAAGCUGGCUAAGGUGCAAAGGGCAGAGGAGGCAAAGGAAGCCCUGCUGAAAGCAUCCCAUGAUCAGAAAAAGACCCAGGAGCAGCUGGCAGCUGAGAUGUCAGAACUCACAUCCAAAAUCUCACAGCUGGAAAUAGCCAGGCAGAAGAAGGAGAGUGAAGCCAUGGAGUGGCAACAGAAGGCUCAGACCAUGCAGGAAGACCUAGAGAAGACCAAAGAGGAACUGAAGAUGUCCAUGAGCACCCCUCAUGUCACUGAACCCAGUGAGAGCUCUGAGAACGAGCAUGAUGAUGAACAGGAUGAGAAUGCUGCAGAGGCCAGUGCUGAACUGAAGGCAGAUACCACCAUCAAGGACCACAGCGAGGAGGAUCGCACCACUGAGACGGAGAAGAACAAACGGAUUCAGAAACACUUGAAGGCUCUUACCGCAGAGCUGGCAACUGCGAGGGAUGAAACCAAGAAGACAGCCAAUGACAUGAUCUACACUGAGAACAUGCGGCAGGGCCAUGACAAGUACAAGACCCUCUGCCAGAUCCGGCAGGGCAAUACUAAGCAGCGCAUUGAUGAGUUUGAGUCCAUGUAAACUCUCCUGCACCUGCUGUCCCUGUACUUUGCCCUCUUUCUUGUCCUCUCUCAUCAUUCACAUGUAAUUGUGCUACGCUGGAACCACUACAGAAGAGUGACCAUGGUCUUUAUUUAUCGAGUUCGUGCAGUGUCUGCAGUUCAGCAACAGAGGAACAAACAAAAUAUCCAUGUUGUCUUGGGGGCGGGGGGCAGAACUCCAAAUCUGAAAUUAUUUUUGCUUAGCUGGGUAAAGUCUCAAUUGCACAUGGCUUUGUACUGUUCACUGAAAUAAUUGCAUUGCUCCCUGGGUCCACUGGGAGGAGAUGCAACCAGAUACUUCCACUGAGCUACAUAUGGUAAAAGA